UUCCUCAGCUUUGGGUGGUGGCUGCUGCUGUGCUUCGCCUUCCAGUCCUCCGAGGGCCAGGCGGCGUGGACAGCGGUCCCGGCACUCGGCGCCCCGCCGCCCGCAGCCUCGCACUCGCCCGCCCCGCGCUUCCCGAGCCCGCCGCUUCCCGCCUCGGUGACCGGCCGCCGCCGCCGCGGCCCACGGAGCGGCCCAAAUGCAGGCCAUCAAGUGUGUGGUGGUGGGAGACGGAGCUGUAGGUAAAACGUGCCUGCUCAUCAGUUACACGACCAAUGCAUUUCCUGGAGAGUACAUCCCUACCGUCUUUGACAACUAUUCUGCCAAUGUUAUGGUAGAUGGGAAACCAGUGAAUCUGGGCCUGUGGGACACAGCUGGACAAGAGGAUUAUGACAGGUUGCGUCCCCUCUCCUACCCGCAAACAGACGUGUUCUUAAUUUGCUUUUCCCUCGUGAGUCCUGCAUCAUUUGAAAAUGUCCGUGCAAAGUGGUAUCCUGAAGUGCGACACCACUGUCCCAAUACUCCCAUCAUCCUAGUGGGGACGAAGCUUGAUCUUAGGGAUGAUAAGGACACGAUUGAGAAGCUGAAGGAAAAGAAGCUGACUCCCAUCACCUACCCGCAGGGGCUAGCCAUGGCGAAAGAGAUUGGUGCUGUCAAAUACCUGGAGUGCUCGGCACUUACACAGCGAGGACUCAAGACAGUGUUUGAUGAAGCUAUCCGGGCGGUUCUCUGUCCACCUCCUGUCAAGAAGAGGAAGAGAAAAUGCCUGUUGUUGUAAAUGUCUGAGCCCCUUGUUCUUGGUCCUGUCCCUGGAACCUUUGUACGCUUUGCUCAAAAAAAAAAAAACAAAAAAAAACCCAACAACAACAACAAAAAAAACGGUGGAGCCUUCGCAUUUGAUGCCAAGUUUUUGUUACAGAUUAAUUUUUCCAUAAAACCAGUUUGAACCAAUGAACCAGUCAAUAAUUUUAAGGUUCUGUUUUAAAUGUAAGAAUUCCAACUUACAGUCUAUUAAAAUUCAGCCCUAAAAUGACAAAGCCUUCUUAAAGCCUUAUUUUUCAAAAUCCCCUAUUCUUGCUCAGAUUAAGAAUUGCCAAAAUACCUUCUGAAUGAAGUUGCGUUGUGCUGACAACACUUCAGCACUAAACUGUUGAGAGACUUCUGUUAAGAAGACUGCAGCUUCUGGAGCCAGGGCUGCAGACCCUUCUGUAGUUCCCAGACCGUGUGACACAGCACAGCCUCCUUAAUGACACGUUGCCAUGUAACGCACCUGUAACUUAUCAGCCCAUGUUCAUUACGUAACUUUGUACUGUACGUCACAAUGAUGAGUGUAACAGCUCAGCUCUUUGAUUUUGUAGUGAGUUUUCUAAAAUACCAGUUGACGAGCUUUUGCAGACUUUGAACAGAACUCUGGUUCCUGUGUUGCCUCUAAUGAAGUAUUCUGUUCCUAGUCGUGGGUGUACUGGGUGGAGUGGGUGAAACACGACAUGAUCAAAGGAGACAGACAGUAUUCUGACUAACAUGAAGUAGAGAUUACUUUACACUACAUUGUACAUGGAGUAAUUCAACUGAAUAAAAGUGUCACGGGUAAAGCUUUUUAACGGUUAAUUUCUGUCAAACAGUAGGUGACAAAUGGCCGAUCUUAUCAGUGUCUCUUGAGCUUCCCCCCCACACACACACUGUCGUCCCUCCCCAGAUGGGGCGUACUCCAUAUUUAAACUGGCCAUCCUCACAGUUGCUAACCUAGCAAGUGCUUUUCUUUAGGAACCCCUUCUUAACGAGCAAUAUGUCUGACCUGUACUAUAAGAUCUUUCUGAUAAUGCAUUCAGAGAUUUUUUUUUUUUUGGUAGAUUAGUAGAAGUGCGUUCCUGUUUUCACCUUACUUUACUCAAAGCUAAUUAGCGCUUUCCUUAGUUUUCUAGUAACUAGGUGUAAAAAUCAUGUGUUGCAGCUUUACAGUUUUUAAACUAUUUUAGAUAUUCUUAAACUAUGAACCUUCUAAACAUCACUGUCUUGCCAGAGUACCAACACUGUCACGUGACUAAUGCUGCCCCUCUAGACCUCACCCACGUGGACAUAUGCUUCCCGUCGUGGCUCUGCCUAGAGAUGUUCCUUCAGGUCUGUGAGGUUCUGUCAACUGCUAGUGCUAACGCUGUUCUGUACAACCUAACUCACUGGCAAGAAUACAGUGUUGGGCCUUUCAACCACUAGAACAAACUUUUUUCAAUUGACAGUUGCAGAAUUGUGGAGUGUUUUUACAUUGAUCUUUUGCUAAUGCAGUUAGCAGUAUGUUUUGCAUGUAUGACUUAAUAAAUCCUUGAAUCAUA